AUGGCCACAUCGGGAGCCCCCUGGGGCUGCUUCCUGGGGUGCCUCAUCCUCGGCGCCACAGGGCCCCGCGCCGCGGGGGGCGGCGGCCGCGUCACGAGCGGCGAGGACUGCAGCCCGCACGCGCAGCCCUGGCAGGCGGCCCUGCUCGCGGACGGCGAGCUCCGCUGCGGCGGCGUCCUGGUGCACCCGCGCUGGGUGCUGUCGGCGGCGCACUGUCUCCAGGCCUCCCUCGCCGUUGGCCUGGGCCUGCAGAGCCUGGGGGCCCUCGAGGGGCCGGGCAGCCGGGUGGUCGCGGCCAGCCUCUGCCUGCAGCACCCGGAGUACAACCGGCCGCUCCUGGCCAACGACCUCAUGCUCGUCAAGCUCGAGGAGCCGGUGUCCCCGUCUGACACCAUCCGGGCCAUCAGCGUCGCCUCCCGGUGCCCGACCCCCGGGGAGUCCUGCCUCGUCUCCGGCUGGGGCCGGCUGCUGAACGGCGCUCAGCCCGCCGCGCUGCAGUGCGUGAACGUCUCGGUGGCGUCGGCGCGGCUCUGCGGCGCCCUCUACGCGCCCGUGUUCCACCCCAGCAUGGUCUGCGCCGGCGGAGGACCCGGCCGCGGGGACGCCUGCUACGGCGACUCCGGGGGCCCCAUGAUCUGCAAGGGGUCACUGCAGGGCCUUGUGUCUUUUGGACACGCCCCGUGUGGCCAGCCCUACGUGCCGAGUGUCUACACCAACCUCUGCAAGUUCACCGACUGGAUACAGAAAACCAUCGAGACCAGCUAGCUCCCAGAACUUGAACCCUGGAAAUUGAAACCCCAAGUAAAUGCUGUCCAAGAGACUCAGGAAUCAGGGCCUCCUGGUGGCGCAUGGGCUAAGUCUCAGCACUACGAAGCUGUCCACAGCCACUGCAGCGCAAGUUUGAUCCCAGGCCAGGGAACUACCCACAUGGUGCAGCAGACCUCUCCUGUCUCCCCGAAGCUCCCCUCAGCAGUGUAUUUUGUCAGUCUGCCUGUUCUGUUCCCCGCUCUGUCUCUGGUGAAUCUUCUCACCCUCCCACGCAUGUGGACUGUACCCCAGCUUUUUU